CUGUCUUCCGUCUCCAGGCCAGAAGCGGCGCUGUUUCCGGCGCUCCCAAGCCCAAGACGUUGACACUUUGCCAAGUCAUGACCGACUUCCGGUAGCGUUCAAAUACGAGAACGACAAAAGAGCGAGCGAGUGGCAAAACCUUCAAGGUUGCAUGUGAGGGCCAUGGCUCGCGGGCAGCAGAAGAUUCAGUCCCAGCAGAAGAACGCUAAGAAGGCCGCCGAGAAGAAGAAGGGGCAGGCGGCCGACCAGAAGACGGCGGCCAAGGUGGCUCUGGUCCACACCUGUCCCGUCUGCAGGACCCAGAUGCCUGAUCCCAAGACCUUCAAGCAACACUUUGAGAGCAAACACCCCAAGUCUCCGAUGCCUCCUGAGCUGGCCGACGUUCAGGCUUGAAGGAGCCGACCCGACUCGACGGCCGGGAUGACGUAGACCGGGAAGUCCAUCUAACCGCUUGGAGGUGACGCGCGUGUGUGUGUGAGUGGGAAGAAGACCGUGACAAAAAGUUUGCCGGCAGCGUCCCGUUUAGAGAAAAAAAAAAAAAAAAAAAAAAAUAUUUAUUGCAUACAAGCAACGUGCUUAUAAACUGUCAGGAUUGCGUGCAAAGGAAAGACAAGGCCACACAUUUCAACUUUUUUCAUCCUUUAAUUGGCUUUUAUUAAUCUUACCUGAGUGAAGCAAGCUGCGGUGAGAAGUGAAAAAACAAAACUUAAAAAAACAAUAGGCCACUAAAUAUCUUUCGGUGCGUAGCAACAGCGCCUCAGCCCCCCCCCCCUCCUUUUUUUUUUUUUUUUUUUUUCCCUCCCCACCUGGCAAUAACUUACUGAAUAUAUUUUUCAUUGGUUUGGACUGCUGACAUCCCCAACUUUAAUAAGCACAAAUCGUGUUUCAUGCUCGACUGUUGUGGCUUCAAACUCGACUUUAAAUGUACACCAACAUUGUAUUGAAAGUCUUCAUCUUUUCAAAAGGACUAUUUAGAAAGUUAUGUGACCAAAUAACUAACAGCUGUGUAUCUUGUAAUAAAAAUCAAAGUCCACUUC